UGGCCAGUGGGUCUGGCAGCGUCUGAUCAAAAGAAAUCAAAGAGGGUGUUGUUUGACUUGUAGGAGUUUAUAAGAACGAAGAAAAUGGUUGGUGAGGAUCGAGGAGCCCCUGAUGGACAAGAUGCAUUUUCUUCAUCUUCGUCUGUUUCAUCGUCUUAUGAUUGGAAGAAGCGCGUUUUUAUUCCCGCAGUUGUAGCAGGGGUUGUUGGUUCUGGAGUUGGGUUAGUUUCGAACCAUCGGAAAACGCUCGGUCUUGCGAACGUUUCUGCUAGCUAUGCAGCUAAUUUUGCCAUUGUCACUGGUUGCUAUUGUGGGGCACGUGAAUUUGUGAUUGCAACUAGAAAAACUGGACCUGAUGACCUAUUGAACUCUGCAAUAGCUGGAUUUGGAACGGGUGCUCUUCUAGGUCGUCUGCAAGGAGGUCAACUUGGUGCAGCUAAAUACUCAGCUAUUUUGGCCAUCGCGGGCACCACAGCAGAUUUUGCUUUUCUUAAACUAAAAUCUGUGUUGAGGGACUACAAUCAGUCUGUGUAUCAGGAUGAUGAGAACUCACAGAAGAUCGGCAGUGGCAGCUGGUUAAGGUUGCCAGAGUGGUUCCCAAUCCAAGUACUUGAUGAGGAAGCCCUUGCUGAAAAACGGGCUCAGCAAGAGAAGUUCCUUGCGCAGCAAGCUAGAAUCCGAAAUCUGAGAAAAGAAGAGUCAUGAGAACUGAAAAUUUUGGUGAAGGUGUGAAAGUCCUUGGAUUAGGAAAUAAGGGAUUUCCAGCCUGCUUCUCAAGCUGCUUGGCAAUGGCUUCAACGGAGAUUUUGAAUGUGUUGCAACCUGGAAAUUGAUUUCCAGAUUUCCGUUUAUCUGCUCGUGUAGGCAUUCAAGGGGGAUUUUUUUUUAAAUUUUAAAAAUAUUUAAAUACAAAACCAGAUAUGUAAUUAUCAUUGAUUUUUUAAUGCAAACCACUGGAUCUGGAUGAUUAAUAAGACAUUAUAUAGCAUUGAUAAGUAGAUAAUUUCAAGUUUGAAAAA